AUGGAUUCCAAAGCUUCCAAUGGGAAAAAGUUCAAAAUUAAAGAUAGCACCAUUGUGUGGAACCACAAGUUUCAGGAUGUACGUCCCUGGGCCAGAUGUGUUGAAGGCUGCCACCAUGGGUACAGCAAAGCUGUUCAGGAGGGGAAACCAGCUUGUUGCUACAAUUGCACUAAAUGUCCUAAAGGAAUGAUCUCAGUCCAGAUUGAUGCAAACCAGUGUGAGAGAUGCCCAGAAGAUCACUAUUCCAAUGAGGAAAAGAAUCAAUGCAUCCCCAAAAUGUUCAGCUACUUGUCUUUCAGGGAACCCUUAGGAAUCGUUCUGACUUCCUUUGUUCUUUUCUUUUCAGUGACCUCCAUUAUUGUGGCACUUGUUCUUAUUCUGCACUGGGACACCCCCAUUGUCAAAGCCAGCAACAGGAGUAUCACGUGUGCCCUGCUUUCCUCUCUCCUGCUUUGCUUUCUCUGCUCCUUUCUGUUCAUGGGUUGCCCUGGAGAAGUGACCUGCUUUCUCCAACAAACGAUGUUUGGCAUCAUUUUCUCCAUCUGUGUUUCCUGCAUCUUGGCCAAAACCAUUACGGUAGUUCUGGCCUUUCUGGACACCAAGCCAGGAAACCGGAUGAGGAAGUGGAUAAGGAAAAGACUGGCAGGAUUUGUCAUUGUCUUCUGUACUUUCAUUCAAAUUAGCUUGUGUGCAGUGUGGCUGGCCACCUCUCCUCCCUUUCCAGAGUUAGACAUGGAGUCCCCGACUGACGAGAUCAUAGUGCAAUGUAAUGAAGGCUCAGAUAUCAUGUGGUACAUUGUCCUGGGCUACUUGGGGUUUCUGGCCAGCAUCAGUUUCACUGCGGCUUUCUUUGCUAGGAAGCUGCCCGAUACAUUCAAUGAAGCCAAGCUGAUCACCUUCAGCAUGCUUGUGUUUUGCAGUGUUUGGGUGUCCUUCACCCCCGCCUAUCUGAGCACAAAGGGGAAAUACAUGGUGGCUGUGGAGAUCUUCUCCAUCCUGGGCUCUACCGCUGGCCUCUUGGGCUGCAUCUUUCUCCCCAAGUGCUACAUCAUUGUCUUGAAGCCACAUUUAAACACGAAAGAACAUCUGACGAGGAGGGUGCUUUAA